GCCGACGUCACUGGAAGUUGUGUUGACAGUUAGCGCAGAUAUAGCCUGAUGCUAUUUGGUCUAGCGUCAAGGCAAGUCCCUCACCGACACUGAUGGUUUCCCCCCGUCCGCUAGCCAUCUUACAUUCAUGUAGUGUUUUCCGUCAGUGUGAGACAUGCAGGACAGGUAUAGUGAGACAGGUUUCGCCCAGCAAUUACACGGUUAUAAUUUCGUGCCGAGAAAAAAUGGUACACACCGAGGAAACGACACAUCUCUGGACGACUUCUCAGGUGGGCUAAUGUUUGAUAGCUAUUCGGAUAGAAAGCUCAUAUUAUAUAAAGCGGGGGGCGUACUAUUGUCCAUUAUGUUUCACUGAAACCGAUAUGGGAAGUAAAUAAAACUUCCUAAUGUUAACGUGUCUUCAUAAUCUUCAGAUGAGUACUUGAUUGUUGGUUUAUUAGAGUUAGCAUGGUGCAGGUAUUGUAUAUCAGUGAAGCUAACGUUAGCUAGCUUACUUCCUGUCUUUAUCCAAACCUGUUUCUGUAGCGAUGUGUUACUGAGGUGCAAACCAGAUGAAGCUAAUAUUUAUCGAGAUUUUAACGUAAACUUGGAUUUUUACUACUAUCAUUUACGGCUUCGUUGAGUGGUCGUUGUCAAUAAUGUUGAAUAUGUGCAUUCUUGAUUGUUAAUUGUUUGUUUUCUGAAAAAGGUUAUGAGUUUACCACGUUGUGGUUUAUAAAACUAUCCAAAGCUACACUUCUCUGAGAUUAAAUGACGAUGUAGCUUUGUCAGUGGAAACAUUUCAGAUUAGUGUUUGUGGUUACAUAAGAUCCAGAGUGACACAACAGCACCAACACAUGAAUUUCGUCCACCUGAGCAACCUGAUGCAACCCAACAUCUGCGCCCUAAACUUUACUUCCAGAAAGCCUCUGUAUUUCGAGAUUGUGUGAACAUGAUCAGACAGGUGAUCGUUGCACAAAACCCAAUUCCAUUGAAGUUGGGAAAUUGUGAUAAACAUAAAUCAAAACAGAAUACAAUGAUUUGCAAAUCCUUUUCAUCCUAUAUUCAAUUGAAUAUACAACAAAGAAGACAUUUAAUGUUCAAACUCAUGAACUUUGUUUUUUUCGCAAAUAAUAAUUAACUCAGAAUUUCAUGGCAGCUGCACGUGCCUCAGUAGUUGGGACAGGGGCAUGUGUACCACUGUGUUAUAUCACCUUUCCUUUUAACAACACUCGAUAAACCUUUGGGAACUGAGGAGACUAAUUGUUGAAGCUUUGAAGGUGGAAUUCUUUCCCAUUCUUUCUUGAUGUACAGCUUCAGUUGUUAAACAGUCCGGGGUCUCCGUUGUCGUAUUUUACGCUUCAUAAUGCGCCACACAUUUUCAAUAGGAGACAGGUCUGGACUGCAGGCAGGCCAGUCGAGUACCUGCACUCUUUUACUACAAAGCUACGCUGUUGUAACACGUGCAGAAUGUGGCUUGGCAUUGUCUCGCUGAAAUAUGCAGGGGCGUCCAUGAAAAAGACGUUGCUUGGAUAGCAGCAUACUGUAUGUUGCUCCAAAACCUGUAUGUACCUUUCAGAUUAAUGUUGCCUUCACAGAUGUGUAAGUUACCCAUGCCUUGGGUACUAAUGCACCCCCAUACCAUCACAGAUGCUGGCUUGUGAACUUUGCAACGAUAACAGUCCGGGUGGUUCUCUGUGGCCCGGAGGACACAACGUCCACUAUUUCCAAAAACAAUUUGAAAUGUGGACUCGUCAGACCACAGAACACUUUUCCACUUUGCAUCAGUCCAUCUUAGAUGAGCUCGGGCCCAGAGAAGCCGGCGGCGUUUCUGGAUGUUGUUUCUGGAACAUUCUUAGUACCUGGAGGAGUAAAUUUUGCACUCUAAGAUUCAAUAUUUAGGUCAGAGAAGGGAAGAUAUGUUUAUUACUGUUGGUUAGAGUUAAGGCUGUCCUUUUACAGAGACCAUAACAUAAGUCAAUCAUACAGUUUUUUUUUUCCUAAACAAAUGACACAGUGAGGCUGUGCAUCAUGAAUUGAAGUAUUACAGGUGUCUUUGUACAAAUGCAAAGAUUCAUCACUCCAUAAAGGAAAGCUGGAGAGAGAAACUAGUAUUACACAAUUUAACACUUGAGUGGUCCAACCUAUUUGUGUUUAGUGCCCCAGCACUCUGAAAUGGCAUAUGAAGUGAAGUGUAACUGUAUUUUUUGUGUGUUUGUGCAGAGAUGUGGUAUGGAGUGUUUCUUUGGACGGCAGUGUCUUCUCUGGUCUUCCACCUGCCUGCAGCUCUGCUCUCCCUUGCUACACUGCGACAGCACAAGAUGGCCCGCUUUAUGCCCAUAGCCAUCUUACUAAUGGGUAUUGUGGGACCAGUCUGUGGGGGCAUCCUGACCAGUAAGUCUUGUCCAAGUCAUGUUCAUGUGUGUUUGAAGUCCCCAAAUUCCCUGCUCCAACACACCUGAUUCAAAUGAUCAGCUCGUUAUCAAGCUUUGUAAUGGCUUAAUAACGAGCUGAUCAUUUGGAUCAGGUGUGUUGGAGCAGGGAAACAUCCAAAACAUGCAGGACAGUGGGCCUCGAGGACUGGACUUGAGAACCACUGCUCUAAAUAACACAGUUCAGCGAUGAAAGAUGAAAUACAUUUAUCCAGGAAUAGGUAUCUGUGAGUAGGCUGUCCAAUAUGGAGCUGUAAUGUUGCAGAUGCAUAUAUCUGGGUUAAUGUACCUGCUGAUUGAAAACACCCUCUGUGUCUCUGUCCCCUCCUCUUGUGGAAUUAGUAAUUCCACAUUACAGCUGUGAUGUCCAGCUCAUAAACUACUGUAGUAAUCAUCCAGGUUAUAUAUCCUAUCUGUCCAACUUCUGUUAAAUAAACAGCCUAGUCUGCUUGAUAUGUACUAAAAAUGCCUCUCAGUGUGAUCAUUUACAAGAGUUGAUUACCACUGUCUCAUAUUUCUGCAGAACAAGUAAAGAGCUGCCAAUCCUUUCACACAAUCAGUUUAAGCUCCUGCUAAAUAUGAAUGUGUGUGUUCAUCUUUCCUCAGGUGCAGCCAUAGCAGGAGUGUACAAAGCAGCAGGGAAGAAGAUGAUCUCUCUGGAGGCUCUUGUAUUCGGUGUCGGACAGUCGUUUUGUGUCCUCGUCAUCUCCUUCCUCAGGGUACUCGCCACCCUUUAGCAGCACCGAGGCCAGUCUGCCUGGCCCCAGAUGCUGCCAGUUCAGUCUGUCAGCAGUCGCACCUUCUCCUAAACGGGACGGGAGUUUGUCAUGGUAACAAGACUUGAUUCCUGUCAAACCCCAAGACACAUGGAAACCAGUCAGGUUCCCCUACUUGUGGAUGAGGACCAGAUAAGACUUUUACAGAGUGUAAGCUGUUGUUUCAUGAGCAGCACUAAGCCUUCUGACAUAAUGAUGUCCACUGCAGGACAGCACAAUGCUGCGUUCACAUCACAACACACAAUGUGAGCUGUUUGCUUCAAAACAUGUCCUCAGAUGAGUCCAAAGUGAAGAAAAACACAUCUUAAAUGGUCAUCAUUUAAAUAACUUUCUCUAAUGUGAAGGCAGCAGAAUGCUACGCUCUCUUGUUGCCGGGGUUACGGGUUAGCAGUGGGAUGACACUAACCUUUCUCAGGGGAUCUGUGUGUGUUUAUGUGUGUUUGUUUGUCUCUGUGACUGUUGGUCCGGCUCCAUGCAAUGAGUGCAGAGAUAUAGAGAAAUGGAAGGGGGGGGUUGAUGGUUUUAUGCAAGAUCCUGGCUGUUUCCCUUGGAGGCCUUAAUUUCUAUUUUCUAACUUCCAAAGUGGUUUUUAUCUUCAGGACUGUCUCUUGCUGCUCCUUUUGUUCUUCCUCAAUUUUUAGUUCAAAGGAGUUAAGGUCCAACUGCCUGUGUUUUUUCUUUUCAAUGACAAAUAAGUCUGAAGCACCUGGGAAGGGAAAUGCUUUCCCUUCAAGCUUUAUGAUGACACAGGUAGGCAGGUUUUGUAGAUUUAGGUUCUGAGAAUAUCUUCUGUUUUCGUUCUCAUCUCUCGUAUGUGUCCGAGCAGACCAGAGGAUUGAACAUGGGGCAUCAGUGUGCUAAGAUUACUGAACAAACCCAAAUACGGGAACACCUUUUUUAUGUCUGUGAAUGAUCAUUUGUUUUACAGGUCUGUCAUGUUGUGACAUUUGUAUAUAUAUUCUAAAUUAUUUCCAGGUCUUUGUAGCUUUUUAAUCUUUAAGACCAAACAUGAAUUUCUGGUUUAUUUUUCUGCACAAGAUGUAGAAAAAAAUGUUUGAACUGAAGUGCACUCCCUCAUUGUUGUUAUGGGCUCAGUCUUCACUUGCUGCUUAGGUUUCGGUCGCUUUUGGUGGAUGACAAGUCGUUUAAAUUGGUUUCAGAUGAGCAACAUGGAUGUAAACUUCUAAAAUUGUAUUAUUUUAUGUUGUUGGUAGGAGUCACCAUUUUGUGAUUUUGUUUGUGUUUUGAUUUAAUAUCUGUUUUAACUUUCUUUGGAUAAAAAAAAGCUUCUUAUUUAUUGUAAUCAACAAGAGAUGAAUCUGCCAUCAGCCUCAUGGUUCAGCUCCAUUUACUUUGAAGAUGCCAGUUUUUUCUAUUUUAUCAGACUUUGGAUCAGCUUUCAAGAAAGCCCAGCAUCGGUAAAUAAGCUGCAAACCCUGGGUUCCCACAAGUUUUCAAACUUGAAUACUACAUCUCUGUCUAACAUGAAAUUAGUAUGUAAUUAUAAGGGUGACACAGAACAGCUUUAAAUUGAAUCGAUUAACAGGCAACUUUAUAACGCUGAAAAUGAUUUGCUGUCAAACAGGCAUGCAUGUGUUUGAAGCGCUCAAAUAGAUGAUUUAAGUGUGCAGCAGCUUAAUGAGCAAUACUGGCCUCAGUCGAGUACUUUGGGAAAUGUGGCCAAUCAGAAUCUACCACUGAAAGUUCUCAUUUUUAAUGCCGUCAUUUUCUGACAGCAUUACAGAAAGGACCCCUACACAUAUGGAGGCUUUCUCACACACUACAAUCCAGUUCGUAAUCUGCAGGAUUUAGGAGUUGAUGGUCUACCUAAACAUUUUUUUUUUUUACUAUUGGUGUUCAAGUCUGGUAUCUUUUAUUUAAUCCGAGCCUUUUAUCAAGGCUGUUUUGUUUUUAUUUUUGUGUGUAACCAACGGUGGACCAGCAACUCCUGUUUUCUGCUGGGUAGAAUAACAGCUCAUAAUCAGCCACCACCAGAAGCAAUUACUGGAGAAAUCUUAGAACUAAAAGAAAUACCCCCCCAAAAGUCAUCUGGGCCCUGGUUUUCCAGUGUCUUAGAAUAUUCUAAUCCACAAUCUGGUGUCAGAAACUUUUCUUGGGGGUUUAUUUUCAUUUUGGUGCUGAUAGUUUUCCACAACACAUUUAAAGUGGAAAUAUCUUUUUCUUCGUCUGACAUUGUAAUCAGGCUCUAACAUGACCAGAUAUGCCUGCAACCCUGAAUGCAUUGAAAUUUCUUUUUCAGCCUCUGAGCUGCAGCUUCAUUUUCAUUUUUUGCUGUCAUUCAAAGGAGUUUCCUGGGAGCUGGUGGUCUAGUUUAAGUGUUAAAUGUGUUCAGAUUUGCAGCACACACACUCUGAACUCACUGGUUUUCCUCUAAACCUGCAAAGAAUUUCUCUAACCCUCCAAACCAAAGAUGGCUUAAAUUCUUCCCACCCUGUACUUCACAAGCUUCACUUCAGUUUUAUGACAUCUAUAGCAAUUUUCUCACAAGUGUUUGUAAAUAUGCAACAAAUCUGAUCGAAGCUUGAAUGUUGAGAUUAAGGCUUAAGUGAAGACAUGGGAAUAAAAAAUGUAAUACAAUGAGGGGAGGUCAUGUUCAGAGACUCCUGAGCUGACUUCACACAGAUGGUAAAACAGUCUAUAAGAGUUCAGCACCCACCAGGUGUAGAGACUUGUGAGCAGGAUUUUGAAGCCCUAGAUGUAAUCCCUCACCAAACCACUACAGUUAAUCAACAUUAGAGCUUUCUGGAUUGAUCAGUUAGUUGUUUUGGCUUUCAAAUGAUUAUAAAUAUUGAUUAUUUGGAAGACCUCCACAGAUAAAUUAUCUGAUACAGAUGAUCAAAAUGGUUCUCACUAAAUUUAAAGCUUGCCAACUAAUUGCUUAAUCAUUGCAGCUUUAAUUUUGGUAAACAUCCAAGUUUUGUCUUGUGUAAAAGUUCAGUGUGUGGCAUUGCACUGUGCAUACAUGUUUCGAGGUGUAGUUGUAUAUGCAGACAUAAAUGAAAGUAUACACACUGUAUAUGUUCCCACUUGAUGAUGCGGUGGAAACCGCGGCAUCUUUAAAUGCAGUCUGGCUGAUCCAGAAACAAAUGAGCCUUGUUUGGAUGACUUGUUGUGGAGCCCUCAGCCUUGCUUUUAUGCUGUACAAUUUUGGAGAAUGUUUAUUUUUUUAUGGUUGUGUAAUUAAGCUCUGUGUGUGUGCUUUCUGGUUCUGUUACAGCAGCACCUCCUGAUAACUUGUGUUUUUGUACUUGUGUUCGGUUUUCGACUUAGUCCAGUCUUCUCUUGCUGGUCUCUUGAUUUUAAGAUAUUGGCCACCUUUACUCAUUCAAAAACACGCAAACUAAAAGACUAGAUUUCUUUCAGAGUUAUUUUCUUUGUUUUUGUGAUGGCAGUUUAUCACCCUGGUCCUGGUUAAAAAAUGAAUCGGUAAUUCCACAUUACAGCUUUGUAAGACAGGAGAGGGUCAGAGUUUAUUUGCUCAAUUUGAAUCAUUAACGACACUGUUCAACACACAGACUGCUCUGUUUCAGGACAAAUCCCUCAUUUUUAUUACAUAUUUGGAGCUGUUGAGUGGAUGAGGAUAAAUUGCAGUUUAGUUCUGCUGUUCUGAAAAAAGUCUAGGUUAAAGGAAGUAAACAGCCCCUCCUGUCUCCACGCCUGCUAUUCACAGCUCCAUCCAGUUUAGUUAGAGUGAGGUUUUUAGACUGGAGUUAAUUUCAUUGUUAAGUGUUGUUUCAUGUUUUCUCUGGUGGACUGUCACACAAGCAGGCAAAGUAAAUGUAAAAACCAACAUAAAUUUGAAAGUGGUCAGAUUAUCUGCUGUAACAGAACCAUUUGUUUCCACAUGGUUUGGUCCAACAAUCUUGGACUAAUAUUGUUUAUUUUCAUGGUUAAAAAGAUUUUAAACGUUGAUUUUAACAGAGUAAAUUAAGUGCCAAUGGUUAAUAUUUUCAUGAAAUAAAAUUGUUUCAACUACA